GACGGAAUCUCGAACUCUUGGCUUCAUGACAAGGUCGUUGGGUGAUCUUGGUGUCAAUCAAGUGGAAUACCACCUCAAGGCUGACGAUUGCCUUCUCCUGCAACAACAAACCUGAAAACUGUACAGAGACCUACCUACAGCUGAAUAUUACACAUGUUUAGCAGAUUCCAGCUAAACCCAAUAGGAUCUAAGUAUAAAGGCACUUAUGUAUGGGACAGACUUCAGGAAGUGGAUGUUGAUCAUGGUAUCGUUUUCAACUUCGAAUCAAAUUCCCAACUAUGUGAUAUGGCUUUGGAUAGCGUUGAAUCCCGUUUGCUAAUUGUUGGAUCACAAAAUGGUUUUUUGCACAUAUUUGACGUAGAAAACCCCAGCGUAUGGCGUCUUGAUAUGAUUCAGUAUCGCUUAGUCGCAUGUGUUCGCAAUAAAGUAAAUCGCGAAGAAUCCCAGUCAUUGGUUAAAGAAUCCCCUCUAGUAUGCGUGCAAUGGUAUCCAGUAGAUAGUGGGGCUUUUAUUUCCGCUUCAGUCAAUAAAACGCUUGGGAUAUGGGACACUAACCGCCUCGAGUGUGUCACAUCUGUUUGUCUCUCGCAAAGUUUGUCGUGGUUAUCAAUGUCGUCUGUCGCUUGUAAUCAUAAUCUAAUCGCUGUUAGUCUUGGGCCAGGCAGUGAAGAAUCAUGUGCCCGUGCAGUUUUAGUGGAUCCUCUUAUAGGUUCCACAGCUAUUACUUUACUCGGAGGUCACUCUCAAUCAGGUUUGACACAAGUCGUUUGGUCUCCCAGAGCUUCAUACCUUGUCGUUACAGGAGGACGUGAUGGAAAAAUACUAUAUUGGGAUAUCAGGUUUCCAUUGAAACCGAUAUAUUCUUUGAACAAAGAAAUUGGUCCACAAAUUGAUUUGGUCUACUCUAGUGAAGCUGUCGCACAUACAGGACCUGUGUUAGGUCUAACUUUUUCUCCAGACGGAUUGCACUUGGUUUCAUGGGGUGGUUCUGGCUUGACCUUAGAUGCUGUCUGUCUUCGUAUAUGGACAUCUGGUCCUGAGGAUUGGGAAAGUCCUUCACAUGGUAAAUGGGGAUCAUCAAAUAUCCCUCGAUCGCGCCCGGUAAAUUUUGGGAAUGUGAUUUUAAAUUCAUCGAACAAUCAGUUCACGAACACCAGAGGUCAACCCUCUGUUAGUUCCAGUUCUUCAGGGAGAGCUUGUCAGAGUCCACAACCAUCUAUACUACCCGUGAGAUUGGCUAGUACCUACGGGUCCACGGGAGAUCUGUGGGGAGCUUCAUCACUAUGUGCUUUUGUUCCUGUCAGGAACCGGUUGUUAAUUGCUUCAGCAUCCAAAAAUGAUUCAUCAACCAGAGUUAUUACGCGACAUUUUUCGAAAAUACGGGCUUGUGUUUGGAAUGAUCGACAGUUAGAAUUGUAUACUUGUGGAAACGAUGGACAGUUGUUUACAUGGCCAGUUCAUCCUGUUUCAAGCGGCAAUGGAAAUGAUGAUUUUGAUGAAGACCAACUUUAGGUUAUUUUUAUCUGGUACUAAAGUUGUAAACAAAUAUGUUUAUCACUUGAAGUCGUAUGCUUUUCUGUUGUACGAAUAUCAAAGCUUUUAUUACUUUAUUAUAUUUAACACUGGUAAUCACUAAUAACCAUACUUUUAUUAGCAUUCUUGGCCAAUUAUUUUUUUUUUCAGUUUUUAACAGUUUAUUUAGAUCUACAUCAGAAAGCAGAAGGAAACGGAUUUAGUAGUUUUGACUUCAGUUGAAUUACACACCACUUUGGCUUAUGGGUUAUCUAGAAAUAAUCUGAAGUGUAUUUUGCCUUUA